UGUAUUGCUAGCAGAAAUGUUAACUCAGACACCAUAUACAAUUUCUUUUGUAUGUUCAAACAUUACAACAUCAAAUGAAUAUAUGAAAAAAUGGACGCAGGAGCGAUUCGAUAAAAUAACAGCUGCAUUGAGAUUGAUGCCUAAAAGUAUGCUGCUAGUAAUUAGAAAUUUGAAUACGGUGCGUGCCAUUAUUAAAGAUCACGGGGACAUUAUCAAUCGAUAUAGGAUAAUGGCAAGAAUUGCAACACGUGGAAAGUACCAAGUGACAAAGCAAACCUUUUAUAAAAAUAUCAAAGGCAUUUGCAGCGUUGUAAAAUUUGAACUUCGUAUCUUGUACAAUAAUCUUCUGCAAUGUAUAUCUAAGAUUUAUCUAAACCUUCUAAAACUAUUUGGUUACAACGUUACGGCAAUCUUACAAACUCUGUAACUGAAGAAUUCUACCCAAAAUUAUAAAUAUAUACAUAUAUCUACAGAGAUUUUCGGUCCAGGUGCUCGUAUUUAGAUUGAUUUUUUAUUUCGUUAGUAAUGUUAAAAUGGAACAUCCUAUACACACACACACACACACACACACACACACACACACACACACACACAAAAUAAAUUCUUAAAGAAAUACAAAUAUGCUUUAAUUCAAGAAUAUUUUAUUCAUAGAAUAGCGCUAAGAAAAAUCUUCAAUUAAGAAUGAAUUAUUCUUAAGACAAACCAAAUAUAUUCUUAGUUCAAAAUAAAUUUUACUUUAAUUGAA